AUGAAUAUGAAUUUGCUGAUUAAAGGAUUUUUAAAUUUGGAACGAAAGUGUUUUUCUGAAUUCGUGUUUUCAAUUAAAAUAGUAACAGGAAUUAGCACGACGGCGUUUUCACGAGCUGUCGAUUGGCUUUGUUGUGGUAUACGAAACCAGGAUGACGGUGAAAAUAGUACGUAUGUUGGUACCAUCUCGGCACAUUUAUCUUCCUCUGUAACACAAGGAGGUCAGCAGCAUGGAAGGAAAAUAUCUCCCGUUAGCAAGUUACAUGCCGUUGAACAUAUUGUUUCACCAAAAUAUGAAUCACUACCCUCCGAUCCCGUAAUUGAUCAUCUCGCAUCUUUUGAUAGUUUCUCCGACUUGGACCCGGAAUCGCGCAAACAGUCAUCUGCUGAGGGGUAUCGGAAUCAAGUAUUGUUGCCAGAAUUAUUAGUUACGAGAGCGUGUCCUGUCAUAGCCGAUUGUCAACAACAGCAGCAACACGAAAGUUAUUCUAAUUUCGCAUCCGCAUUGCAUGUUUUUCGUCUUAUUGUACCUCAGCAACAAGGAACAGCUGUAAAAGAUGUAGCAUGCCAGUGUGAUGGUCAAAAUGGUAGUGAUAACAGUGGCAAUAACAAUACUUUUGGUUGUAGCUUGGAUGACGGUCUUUUUCCAGCAAAGCCACCGUUAUCGUUACCUGUUAAAAUGGGCGACGCUUUACGAAAAAGACAGCCGGCAACAUAUUAUCAUUCAACGUCAAGUUGCAUGAAACUGUUAAACGACUUAGAAAGUGAAAAUGCACCAUUGUUUGCUGAUACUCUGUGUGACUCUUCGUCAUCUUCUCUGUCACAAUCAACCGGACAGAAGACACUCGAGUACUCCGUAUGUCGUAAUCGUGUUCGUGUGACUUCUGCUAGUAGCACUGACAUCACGCCAAUAUCAGUUAUUGCUAGUACUGUAGCAAUCAGUGACACUGUUACUGAACAGCAUGAAUCAAAAAGUGCUUUUACGGUUACCGCCAACGGCAUUCCGACUAGGAAAAUGACGUUGGCAUCAUAUGAUGUCACCGUCGUUCGGGCUCGACGUUUAACAUUGUCACGUUCGGCUAGUGAUUCUAAAUUGUACAUCGGAACUAGGCGACAGGCAGAACUUGGACUUGCUGGCAUACAGCCAUGUGACGCACGUUGUAAAGGUGUUGAUGAAUUAAGUCGUGUAACUGCAGAUAUCGCUGCCGAGAAUCCAGAUAUGAUCCGUUUCCAACAAGUACUCAAUUCAUGGAUUGGAGCUCAUACGGGUGCGCGAACAGCGGCGUUUUUGCUCAUUUCAAAAGAAUGUAAUUCCUGCUUUUGCCAAGUUUGUGGUAAUCAACUGCUGGAAGAACCAAUCUACUGUGGUGGUGCUGAUGUGUUGUGGUCACUGUUUAACGGCAAUGCAAACAGUAAGGAUUUAUCACUCCCACCUUGUACAGCUCGUGCACUCAAUAUUUAUGUCGAUAUCGAUAUGCUCAGUAAGGAAUUUCGAGAGAGGAUAUAUGCUAUAGUGCAAAAGAGUACUGAUGGAGAAAAUCUGUUAAGGAGUUCCCUCAGUGGUACCAUCUUUUUGUUACAAGCACGGAGUAAUUUUGUUGCUGGCCUACUAUUAAUACAUCAAAAUGAGUAUACAGUGGAAGCGGAACGAAGUUUCGUAAUGCCUCAUUUACACCUAAUUGCUGCAUUACUGUCCAUUGUUGCUAAUAUUGAAGAGCAGAAACGUUUAGCGCAACAGUCCGAAGUUUUUCUCACUAUGACGCAAAAUGUAUUCUCCAGCUUACAAGAUAUGAACUUAUUGGUGAGAAAUAUAACGAAAGAAGCCAAAACCCUUGUGCAUGCCGAAAUAUGUUCUUUAUUUCUUCUUGAUCGUGAAAACUCUGAACUGGUUGCUGAAGUAUUCGAAAAAAAUGGCUCAAAUGAUGAAUAUCUGACGGAAAUCAGAAUGCCAUUGUCACUGGGCAUUGUUGGACAGGUUGCAAGCACUGGACAAAUGAUGAAUGUCAAAGAAGCUUAUAGUCAUCCAGCUUUCUACCCGAAAGUGGACGAACGAACCGGUUUCGUUACACGAAACAUAUUAUGUUUCCCGAUCAAAGAUAGUUCUGGAAACCUUGUUGGUGUGGCGGAGCUAUGUAAUAAAAUUGGAAAGCUUGCCUUUACGAAGCACGAUGAACAAAUUGCAAUGACAUUUGCAAUAUACUGUGCUAUCAGUAUAUCACAUUGUCUUCUUUAUCGGAAACUACAAGAGGCUCAUCGACGAUCACAUUUGGCCGCUGAGUUAUUAGUACAAGGUUCUACGCUGUCGAUCGCACCAGAAGAUUUGUUACGAUUAACAGCAGGUGAUAUACCAUCAGCGACUUCUUUUGCUCCAGAAUUCGAUCAUUUUAAUUUUUCACCACGUUCCAUUGGGUCAGGCGAUAUCUAUGUUGAAGCAGCAUUGUCCAUUUUCAAGGAUCUGGGUUUUGUUCAGCGAUUUCGCUUACAGCGGCAAACAUUAGCAUGUUUCUUAUUGAUGGUUCAAAAGGGUUACCGUGAUGUGCCUUAUCACAACUGGUCUCAUGCAUUUGCUGUUGCUCAUUUCACGUAUUUGUUACUGCGAACUGAAACAGCACACAAUGCACUGAAUGAAUUGGAAAGCUUUGCUCUCUUUGUAGCAAGUUUAUGUCAUGAUAUCGAUCAUCGUGGUACUACGAAUGCAUUCCAAGUACAGUCGCGAACACCGCUAGCUCAGUUGUACAGCAGUGAAGGCUCGGUAUUGGAGAGGCAUCACUUUGCUCAAACAAUAUCAAUAUUAAAUAUGGAGGAGUGCAAUAUAUUCGUUUCAUUAAAUCGACAUCAGUUCCAUUCAGUCCUGGAUCACAUACGGGAUAUCAUUCUCGCAACCGACAUAGCUAAUCAUUUACAGAAAGUGCAAGAUAUUAAUCGAAUGGUUGAAGUUGGCUUUGACAGUUCAAUAAAGCAUCAUCGAUAUUUGUUGCUAUGCCUUAUGAUGACCUCAGCUGAUCUAUCUGACCAGACAAAAGAUUUCAGAAAUAGCAAGGCAAUAGCUGAAAAUAUUUAUAAGGAAUUUUUCUCUCAAGGAGAUCUAGAAAAACAGAUGGGAAAUCGUCCAUUAGAAAUGAUGGACCGGGACCGUGCAUGCGUGCCAAAAUUGCAGCUUGAAUUCAUGGAUACAAUUGCAGUACCUGUUUUUGAAUACUUAUCACAGUUAUUACCCGAAAGCAAAAAUACGUAUGAGUCAAUGUUGUUUAAUCGGAAAUGUUGGCUAGCGUUGGAUGAGAUAUUGGCCGAGGAGAAGUACCCAACUCUUGGUCUUGAUUACCUCAAGGACACUUUUCUAGAGAAGCGAGUAAUCAAGCGAGCCCAGCAACGACAUAAAUGA